AUGGCGAUUUCGGAAUUUGUUUGUAGAGUGGCCACAGGAACAACAACGAACAUUCUGCGGACGUUUCCGGCCGCAAACUGGGCCUUUUCGUCAAAAAAUGAUUUUGAAUGGGCAGCUGCAUUUAGCUACGACCGUGACUCAUAUAGUUACGUCCGGAUUGAGGACGAUUGCGUGACCUUCCUCAUCGAUGCGGCGGCGUACCCAGAAGCGAAACAUGUCCGAGUGCUCGAGCCAAAUAUUCCCACAGCCUUUGCCGGUGAACGAAAUCUGUCCAAGUUUCUCAAUCGCCAAAUCGACUCGUAUCGCUCCGAGCAUCACCAACAAACUGCAGAUUUUUUUGUACGUUCCAAAGAUGGCAUCGAGUUUCCUGCGCAUCGCUUCGUUUUGAUGGCCCAGUCACCGUUCUUCGCCGUCAUGCUGACGCACGAUUCCCAAGAGAAGCAGCAAUCUCGCUGUGAGCUGAAAGAUAAAGACGCUGAAAGUGUCGACAUACUGCUGGAUUACGUGUACGGGUGCGACACAGGCAAGGUUACGAAGGACAACGCUGAGAAGGUGUUAACUAUGGCCGAUGAGUACGAACUGGUGGACCUGCGUGGAUUUUGUGAGCAGACGCUGGCUGAUAGUAUCUCCGUAGAGAAAGCGCUUCCUUAUCUGGUUUUGUCGGUGCAGCGCGGACUGGAUGUUUUAAAAGCGGCGGCACUGCGGAUGAUGCCGAAAUAUCUGAACGCGGUGCUGAAGGGGAAAGGACUGGAAGAGGUCAUGCAAUCCGAUCCCGAACUGAUGCAGGUCUUUAUGGACUACUGCGCGAAAAAGCUCCCUCAGUUGUAG